AUGUUCCAGGUGCUCCGAGAGGACGCCUCCCAAGCAGAUGUAUUCCAGGCAGCAGUGCAGCCAAUAGUGGCGGAUGUGCUCAACGGCUACAAUGGGACAAUUAUGGCGUACGGCCAGACGGGGGCCGGCAAGACUUACACGCUGUCCAGCAUAGCGCCGGACGCCAUCGGCAUGAUGCCCCGGGCGGCCUCGGUUGUUUUCUCAGAGAUCGCCGGCGAUCCGGAUAACACCUACACAGUCGUCAUGUCCUACAUCCAGAUCUACAUGGAACUCCUGCAGGAUCUGCUGCAGCCCCAGAACAACGACCUGCAGAUCCGGGAGGGAGAGGACGGUGUGUUUGUGGCGGGUGUGCACGAGGUGGAGGUCAAGAACAUGGAGGACUGCCUGCACCUGCUCCAGAUCGGCGACCGAAACAGGGUGUUUGCAUUCACGGCACUGAACGCGCACUCCAGCCGCAGCCACGCGAUCGUGAUGCUGACCAUCAUGAAGCGGCCCAACGCGGCGCCGCAGAACCGCGCGCUCGGCCAGAAGGUGAAGGUCGGCAAGCUCUUCCUCGUCGACCUCGCCGGCAGUGAGCGCCUCAAGAAGAGCCGCUCCACAGGGCUGCGCGCCAGCGAGGCGGUCAGCAUCAACCUGUCGCUGACCACUCUGGGGAUGUGCAUCAAUGCGCGCGCAGACCCCAAUGCCACCCACGUCCCCUUCAGAGACUCCAAGCUCACACGCCUGCUGCAGGAGUCCCUGGGCGGCAAUGCCAAGACCUCUCUGGUCAUUGCAGUCGCGAAUGCCCUGCAGCACGUAGACGAGACACUUCAGUCGCUGCAAUUUGGCUCCCGUGCCAUGCGCGCAGUGGUGAACGAGCACACGGACUUCAAGGUGAUAAAUGCGGAGCUGGUUGCGGCACUGGACAAGCGUGAAGAUAAGUCCCAUUUGCUCGAAGCCACUCUGCUGGCCAAGGAAGAGGAGCUGGAAGCCCUGGGCAGCCUCCAACAGGUGCUUAUCCUUAUUGUGAGAUGUUAUGGUUGA